CCUUUGAACCAGUCUCCUGAGCGUGCUUCCAGAAUCCUGAGUUCAGUCCUCCUGGCUGUUCUUUGUGCUCCAAGGACUGAAUCCUGCCAUACCGACGCUUUGAAAACACCAUAAAACGAAACCGACUUCGUGGGAGUUCCGUCGGGAUUUCGAGACUUUCUCCAUUUGACUGCACGGUUCCUGAUGCUUGCAGAGUUUGAAGGGCUCCUGAUGCUGCUGGAUGAGUAAGUAGGCUGUGUUUGGGACACUUGGAUAUCUCAGAACCCUGGAUUUGGCCCGUCUGACCCAGAACAAGUUACCCCCACGUCAUGGAGGAGAUACCAACAGCCAUGACUCCACUGCUGCCAAAAUUGGAGAAAUCGAAAUAUCACUCACUUCUUUCUGUGGUCUUUGGUUUCCUGCUCACCCUAACAUUGACCUUUUUCGCCUGUGCUUUCCUGAGCCUGAAUAAACAGAAGCCGAAGUACAUUCUAGCCAAGGACAGCAUAACCGUUAGAGAAGCAGACCACCUGAAAAUAGUGAAUGUGUCCAGGAUGUGGUAUUAUCAGUCGAAACUAAUGCCCAGCAGUGAAAACAUAGUCGUGCAGACUCCUUGGCUGGCUCCCAUCGUGUGGGACGGGACUUUCCAAAUUGCCAUCCUGAACCAGCAAUUCCGGCUCCAGAAUGUCUCCAUCGGGUUAGUCGUAUUUGCCACCGGAAAAUACGUAGCCUUCCUGAAAGUGUUCCUGCAGAGCGCCGAGAUGUACUUCAUGGAGGGACACAGGGUGAAGUACUACAUUUUCACUGAUCAGCCAGUCAGCAUGCCGUCCCUGAAGCCCAGUAAGGGAAGGCAGAUGGUAAUUCUGGAGACCCAGGGCUCUGCCCACCCCCGGAACACUUACAUCUAUAGAAUGGAGGCGAUCAGCUAUUUUUCCCAGGGGCGCUUUGCGAAGGAGGUAGAUUACCUGGUCUGCGCACAUGUGAACAUAAUUUUCUGCAACAGCGUGGGCGUGGAGAUCCUGUCCUCCCUGUUUGGCACGCUGCACCCUUUGUUCUUUGGAUUACCAAGGAAAUCGUUGGCUUAUGAAAGGCAGCCUCAGUCACAAGCCUACAUUUCCGAGGACGAGGGAGAUUUUUACUACUCCGGGGCCUUCUUUGGGGGAAAGGUACUGGAGGUGCACAGGCUCACCAAGUUUUGCUACCAGGCGAUGAGGAUGGACCAAGCUGAUCGCAUCCAUGUGGUACGGCAUGAUGAAAGCUACUUGAACAAGUAUCUCCUUUACAACAAGCCCACCAAGGUCCUCUCUCCCGAGUACAUGUGGAAUAGGAAACUUCUGAACACACACAGCUUUCAAGGCGUGUUGGCAAACGGGGAAAUGCUCGUAAAAGUCAGCAAAUAUCCAUGGACUGACGCUAAGCAAGACUUCCAGAGAGAUCUCAGGCUGGGGCACCACCACGGUAAGAAGAGUGAGAAACUUGUGUGUUGAGUCCAUUCGAAAUCAGACCGUUGACGGAGAUGGAUCUUUGCAACUGAUGCGUCUUCCUCUUUUGCUGCGUUUUUAAAUCUAUAGCUAAAAGCAGUCUCUAUCACAGCGAUUCUAAUAAGGCAGCCACGGCUCA